AUGGCUGGCAUUUUUCGUCUGCUCCGAAUGCAAUAUACUCCCCCGACGGACCCAGUACGGGUAGGGGCAUCCUUUGCCGGUAAAACCGUGGUUCUGACCGGCGCAACGACGGGCCUGGGAUUCGAGGCCGCUAUCAAGUUCUUGAAUCUCGGCGUGGAAUCUUUGAUCAUCGGAAGCCGCAAUCUCGAACGGGGUCAGGCAACCAAAGCUGUGCUGGAAGAACGCACUGGCCGACGAGAUGUGGUCCAGGUCUGGGAGUUGGAAAUGAACAGCUUCCAAAGUGUGAAAGACUUCGCGACUCGGGUCAACAGGGAGGUCAAACAAUUAGACAUUGCGUUGCUCAACGCCGGCCUAUGGAACCGGGAGUACACCGUGUCGCGCGAGGGUUGGGAAGAAACGCUGCAGGUCAAUACACUAUCCACAUCACUGCUGGCGCUUCUACUCCUACCGAAACUAAGAGACAGUUCGUCCACGUCGAGCCCGGCGCAACUGACGGUGGUGUCCAGCCAACAGUUUGUCCGCGUCAAGGCAGCAACCCUCCGCACGAACGGGUCACUGCUGGAGCAUUUGAAUGGUUCGGAGCAAUUUGUUGGCCCAAAACAAUACGGCGCUUCGAAACUUCUUCUCGAGUACGUGCUGAAAACUGUGGCGAGCCGGAUCCGAAAUGAGAACGGAACCCUUCCGGUCAUCAUCAAGACAGUCAGUCCGGGGUUCUGCGUAUCGUCACUGGGGCGGCAAUAUAAUCGAUUCUACGAGCGCUGGCUGGUUUGGUUGGGGCACAGGCUAUUUGCUCGCACGACGGAGCAGGGGAGCCGCUCGCUAGUCAGUGCCACUUAUCAGGGGGCCGAGUCGCAUGGAAAAUGCUGGCGGAGCGAUGGAUAUCUGGACGAAUCGACGUCUUUGACAGUGGGCGCAGAAGGAAAGCAGUUCCAGGAGAAAGCAUGGGCGGAAAUCAUAAAGGUUUUGCAGGAGCAAUCUGAAGACAUUGUCGACUUGAUUUAA